AUGUCUUAUUCAAUUAUAAUCAUUGCCAGUGUAUUAUUAUUUGGAACAAUUAAUCAAAUCGAUUGUCUUCAAUGUUAUAGAUGUAGUUGUUCCAUUGUACCAGGUGAAACAACAUGUACAGAUGAUAGUGAACUACAAUGUGUUAUAGAAUAUGUUGAAAAUAAUUAUUGUAUUAUCUCACGUUUAUCAAAUCAGAUAAGAUUUGGUCAUAAUCCUAAUUCGGAUUUGAUAUUUUUAGAAUCUUUACAUUACAUACGAGAUGAACAAGAAAUUAUCUUUUUGGAAAGUAGUUCAACUUGGCAACUAUCUACUAUUGUAGAAUUUUCUUAUGGAUGUGAUUGGAAUUUAUGUAAUACACCACGUCUUCUUAGUCUUCUUCCACACAGUCUUACAUAUACUAUUGAUUCAAGUCUUUUAACAAAUACAUUAAUUGCUAAACCUAAUGAACCAUUUACAACAUGUUUAUCAUGUACAAAAUGUGCAAAUUCAACUAAUGAAGUUACUUGUCCAAAAGUAACAUGUAAUGGUACAUGUUUUAUUAAUGGUUAUUCUGAUGAUCCAUUAUUAAAUUCUGUUUCAUGUUUGUUUCCAUUUGAAAGUGUAUGUCGAGAAGAAAAACGUAAUACAUCAGUUCAUAUAAAAGGAACAUAUUAUAUUGAUGAUGAUAUAUUUGGCAUAAACGAUAUAGAUAUUUGGUGUAAAAAAACAGAUUGUAAUAGUCCAACAAAUGCACAAAUUAUACAACAAAAUAUUAAUUAUUCAAUAGAAUUGAAUGAUCAAAUUUAUUUUCGUCCAAAUCCUAGUAGUACAACACCAUCAACACCAAAUAAUGAGCUACUUGCUUGUUAUAAAUGUCAUUGUGAACAUGAAAUAAGUAAUAAUAAUUGUAAUUUAUUAGAAUGUACAAUUGAAUAUGAAAAUGGAAGUUACUGUGAAAUAGUACGUGAUUUUCAAAGUUUUUCUAAUAUGGAAUUGAUUAAUAUUGGUCAUGUACAAAGACAAUAUGUACCUUAUAGACAUUAUAUUCAUGCAGAAGAAGAAAUAAUACUUUAUAGAAAUUUAUCAUGGCAUCCACCAUCAGUUCGCAUGAUUACAUAUGUAUGUGAUUGGGAAUUAUGUAAUGAUCCUCGUAUUGUUGAUAGAUUAACAACAAGUUUUCAAUUUAAUGCUGAACCAUCAGUUAUAGCUGGACAUCUUCAAAGUUCAGAAUCACUUAGUAAUUGUCGUCAAUGUACACGUUGUACUAAUUCAAGUAUUGAUUUUGAUACAUGUCCAUCUGUAUCUUGUUCAACUCCUGGACACUGUUAUAUUCAUCAAUAUCUUGAUAAUCCUGAAUAUAAUGAUUGUGAAUAUGCAUUUCAAGCUGAAUGUGAAACCUUUGUAUCAGAAUCAAGUAUUAUAAUUAUAGCUACUUAUAAUAUUGACGAUGAUAUAUUAAAUAUUGACGAAGUAGGUAUUCAUUGUUCUAAAAAUGAUUGUAAUAAACCUCAAACAGUAUAUGAUAUACUUAAUCUUAUGGAAGAAGAUAUUCAACUUGAUUCAUUAUUUUUUAUCCGACCAAUCGUGAAUACUACAGCAGGACCUACUAUUACAGAACCAGUACCAAGUUCCACUGUAUCUUCAUCUAGCUCUCGUACAGCAAUGCAAGCUACUACAGAAUCAUUCAUUUGCAUCAUGGUCACAUCAAAUUUUGCAACUAUUUACUUUUUUCUUAUCAGUAGUAUUUUUCUUAUCUUUCAUUAUUAA